GUGCUGCAGCAGCAGCUUGCCGCCUGUAUUAGUCAGCCGCUGAUCGUGGUCGAGAUGUGCAGCGUGUUUUUCGAGGUUGUAGAGCCUCUGGAUCAUGACACUUUCCUGAACGUGUGCGACGAAGUGCUUCGAGACAGCCUCCUCGUGCUGGCUCCCUUUGGACUGCCCAGGCACCUCCGCGAGGCCCUUGGCAGCGAGAAGGAGUUUGUCCGUCUGUACGGUCCGAGGUUCAGGUUUAUUUUGGAGGCUGUCUCAGAUGCCACAUACAAGGAGCGGGGUGUCACCGAGAGCCAGGUUGCGGUCACCCUGCACAAGCUUACGGAAGAAGAGCAGAACCCGGAAGCGAUGGCCUACCUGGCCAGGAUGGGCGAUUCCCUCCGGGAAAUCUACUCGCCCCCCCGCGUCCUCGAGCUCCCGGCGCGAGCACCCACCUCGACGGCCGACUUGGUCACGAUCGGUUCGAGGCUACUAGGGGCGGGCGCGGUCUACACGCCGGGGCCGCAGCAAGCGGGUCGUCGCGGGGGAAGAGGAGGGGCACCUCUUUGCGACGGCACGCCACCGCAGCCAAGCCGCCCGAGGCACGCAGGGCGGUGCUCCUCCUCUCCAGUGGGGGACGGUGACUCUUCUUGUGACGGCGAGAAUAACACGUGCAGCACCGCCGGUCGGGCAGAAGGUGGCGGCGGCGGCGGUGGCGGCGACAGCCUUACCGACAAGGGGGAGACAGACCACGACAACGCGCAGCGCGAGAGGGUGGCGUCCUGCUUGUCGGCCUUGCUCGGCUGUCGGGAGGAACUUGAUGUGUUCUCCGAUGAGCUCGAACAGGCGCACAUUCAGGCCCUUACGGAAGCGUUUGCGGGGAGAUACAGUGGGGCGGCAUCGCCUGGCGACAGCGCCGGCGGCAGCAGCAGCGCGUCACAAGAGCUGAACAGCCGUUGGUCGGACAUGGCGGCGUUGGACGAGUUUGCGGCGGUACCCUUCGUGGACCACGAGCUGUUCAUGCUGGUCCGGGCGAUAGAGGAGGAGCGUCUCGGGGGAAAAGAGGGGGCAGGGAAAGAAAACGAGCCCGCCGGCGGCGGAAGCAGCAGCAGCGCUACGGGCGCGUGUUCCGAGUCUCCGACGGCAGCAGAAGGCGACCUCGAGACGAGUCUGUGUGAGAGGCCCGCGGCGUGCCUCGAGUUCCUACUGACGUCUCAAGCAGUCCGGGUGCGCGCGGACGAGAGCAUGGAGAAGGGGCUAGACAAGGAAGCGGCCGCGUCUUUGGAAGAGGCGAACAGCCUUAUGGAGGCGUUCUUGGAGGAGGGACAACGCCUUCCGAGGCCCAGUAGAUACCUCGCCGAGCUUCGCGCCGGCCUAGCCAAGUGCGAGAUGCGCGGCGGAGACUUGGAAGCCGCUGUUGCCCACGCGGAGGCAGCCCUGGCGGAACACCCCGCUUGCGGGGAGGCGUUCUUGAUCAGGGGACAGUGCCGUCGAGAGCUGGGCGACAACGGGGGCGCGCUGAGCGACCUGGUGAACGCCUUUGUUCUGCAGAGGAACGCCUUGAACAACGCAGGAGACGGGUCAGAAGCCCAGGCCAUAGAGGACGUCUCGCGGGAGAGCUGCAGGGCGAGGGCAGGGGAAGAGUUUUCACAGCGGGCGGCCCCCAAUGCUCUGCCGGCUGACUGGGUCGUGCGGAGCUUUCUGACGUCCUACGACACAGAGGCCUUGUACGAGGAGCACGACGCCGUGUUUAGACUGCACGGCGAAGACCCCGCGGCGGCGGCAGCGGCGGCAGCGGAAGGAGAUGAAGGAGGGCAGGCAGCAGCGGUGACCGAGUUCUGGCAGGGGCUACGCCUGGUUCGCGAGGGGAAGUACGCGGAGAGCAUCGCCAAGUUUUCCUCUUCCGUUUCUGCUUUUUCGUCUUCUGCUCCUGCUUCGGUUCUGGGUGAAGGGACUGGCGUGCGGGACACGACCAGGAUCCAGUCUCUGGCACUAGAGUACUACGGGUCAUUUUUGUACCUCAUGGGGGAUAUGGACACAGCUCUGGAACAUCUCAGACUUGCGGGUGAGGUGGACGAGACGAACGUGAAGAGCUGGGUGAAGAGAGGGAGCGUCUUGAGCGAUCUAGGUCGUCGUGAAGAGGCAAUAUCGGCGUUUGAGUGCUUCGAAAGGGCAGCGGCGAUCGCCCCUCAUGAUUCAGACCUCUUCCUCCACCGCGGGCAGGGGCACCUGCUGGCGAACGACUUGAGGAAGGCAACCGCGGACCUGAGGAGGAGCGUGGAGCUUUGCCCGACGAUGCCGAUCUCGCGGGCGGCGUGGGGGGUGGCCUUGUUCAAGCUGGCUACGGCGGCCGAACUGCCAUCUCCGUCAUCCCUGUCGAAGUGCGUGCAAGUACUGGAAGAAGCCCGGGAGCUUUUCCCGGAGAACCCGGAGGUGCUCUUCUUCUUUGCGGAGGUUCUCAUUAGCAUGGGCGACUUCAAGAAGGGGCUGGAGUUCCUCCGUACGGCGGCGUCGCUGGACCCCGAAUGCCCGGUUCCGUACGUGAACGCGGCGAGGGCGUACCUGGGCAUGAACGACACGAAGGCUGCCCGCAGGCAAGCACUUGGAGAGAGCGAGCGAGCUAGACCCGACCUAUCCAGGAACUAGCUUGGACUUGGGCCAGUUGCUCAUGCAAGAGGGUUCGCCCGCGGAGGCUCUUUCGAUGUACGCCCGCGGCGUGGAGAUAGCUCGGUUUCCCUCGGAGCUGCACGAUGCCAUGGCGUGUUUAGACGUCGCCAAGGCCCACGUCGAGGCGCAGAAGUUGUUGCAGUGGGAAGCUGCGUGAUUUGUUGGUGCCGACCGCAAUUUUGAAGCUUUGGUCGUUUUUGAGAGUAAAUUGACGCGAACACAAUGUUGCUUGGUACAUUAGGACGGGCUGCAUUUCUCCCCUUUAUCAGUCGGCGCCGAGUUUUGGUUCCUUACCCUUGAAGUUGUCGCACGUGAUUGUCGGUGGAUGUUUUGCACGUGAGACCACGCCGUUUGUCUCGAUGAAUGUAGCCAGGACCAGCACAACUUUCACACGUUUUCUUUCUCGUUGUUUGAGUGUGAUCCCUACUGUAGCCGACAAACCAUGUGCACCAACGGCAAUCGCGACAACAAGCGAGGCGCGUCAAGGCCCCGGUUUGUGCACCGGUCAUUUAUUUGCUCUACUAGGCACAUUCGGCGGUUCGUGGCCCGUUACCACAACCACGCCCACCCACCCGUCGCCCGGCUGCGAACGAACGCGGUGUCAGACCGAUGAAGCGACCAUUGGUCGGAGGGCGGGUCUGUGAUGGGUAUUUACAUGGUGUCCAAGAACGGCGUGGGGGUACACCCUCGUUAUUGUAGACUGUAU